GCUUUUGCAACACUCUGAUUCCAUUCAUUCACUCCUAUCAAAGAAAAACUUUUGUACCAAAAACAAUUACCAAAAAAAAACACAAAAAAGAGAGCCUUUCGUAACACACUGAUUCCGUGUAGUCAUGGACCCUCCCAACCCCAAGCGACCUCGCCACGACCCUUCCGUCGAAAACCCCAUCUCCUACUCCCUCCGUAUCCCUCCACCUUUCAACCAAAGCAACGUCGACACAACGAUCUCCUCUUUCCUCUCCUUAUCCGACCUGCCUCUCUUCUCCUCCUCGCCACUCUCCAUCGCCUGCUCCUUCGAUCGAGUCCUCGACAAAGUUAUCACCCCCUCCUCCACUGAUGACACCUCCGAUCGUUUCCUCGAUCGCACUCUCCAGCUCGCGUCGCUUCUCCACAACUCCACCAAACGCUGCAUCAGGAAACGCGCCACGGCUCAAAACUCUGUCUCCUGGCCUCUUCUCCCUGAACUAACCACCAAGGUGUUUUCGAUGCUUGAUAUGAAGUCUUUAAUGCAAGCUUCUGUGUGCUGCACAAUGUUUAACAAGUGUGCAAUGGACCGUGUUUGUUACUCCCACAUCGACCUCACAACGGCUGCUAAGAAUGUUGAUAAUGGUGUUGUGUGUAUUAUGAUCCAUCGUGCUGGUAAAGAACUCAGGUCCCUUAAACUUGGUUGUGUUUCUUCCCGUUCAAUAUUUUUGCUUACAAGAUCUUGUCUUGCUCCACUAACUUUUAAUCACGGGGGGCUCUUGAGAAGCCUACACCUUUACAAUCUGAUACUCAUGCCUGGCAAGUCCUUAUGUGAUGUGUUGUCAGUCUGUGUUAAUCUCGCUGAUUUGAAGAUUAUUGGAUUUGUUUCAGGUGACAAGUUGAAUCCAGUAGAGCAUUUAGGGUCAAUCACGAGGAACUGUCGCUUGAUAGAGCACUUGUUCUUAGAGCACUGUGGUGGAGCUGACUCUGCAACAAGUUCAACCGUGGUAGAGUUUGUGGAUAAUUGCCCCAACUUGAGCUCGCUAACACUCUUACAAUUUGGGGUAAACGACGCCAUGGCCAGAACUAUAAUUAUGGGUUUUCGUCAACUUAAGUACAUAAAUCUGUCUGGAACUUAUGGAAUUAAUGGCUCCUUUUUGAGGGAUUUGGGACUUAGCUGCAGAGACAGUCGACUCCAGACUCUAUUGUUGUGCGACUGCUAUUAUCUAAAAGAGAGAGAAGUGUUGCUGUUUUUGAAUUCACUACUUGCGGGAGAGUUCAAAUCCAUUCGGCACAUUGACGUAUCAAGCAAACACGGUUUAGUGUCUGAUGGUGGGAUUGCGACUUUUGAACCAAAAUUUCCUGUUGAGGAGCUGAAGAAACAGAAACCAGGUCUCACUUUUGUGGCUAUUUUUCCAGCUCCGUCAUCAUCAUCGUCAUCAAGCUCAGGAGAGGUAUAUUCAGACGACACAUCUUCUUCUUCCAGGAGUUCUUAUUAUAGCUACGGUGACCAGGAAGAGGAGGAUGAUGUCAAUUCAAUAUGAAUGCAUUCUGUGUUAUUGAUCUCCAUCGAUUACAUGUUGUGGUACAUAGACAAUUCCUUGAAUGCAGGAUAUUGACUCUAUCACCUAUCACAUCUAGACUUGCCAUAUCUAACGAAUACGUUAAGUGAUGGCCAAGUAAAUAUAUUGACAAAUAUACGCUAUAAUAUUCCAAUGCCCAUCUUGCCAAGUAG